AUGAGUGCUAGGAAGUUGCAGCAGGAGUUUGAUAAAACGAACAAGAAGAUAAGUGAAGGGUUGCAGUCGUUUGAAGACAUCUACGACAAGCUUAUAAGUACUGAAGGGUCUCAACGAGAAAAACUAGAAAAUGACUUGAAAAAAGAGAUUAAGAAGCUACAGCGGCUGAGAGAACAAUUGAAAGUAUGGCUUGCAGAUUCCAGUAUAAAGUUAGACAAGGAUAUGUUACAGGAUAAUCGGACUAAGAUUGAGCAUGCCAUGGAUUUGUUCAAAGAUCAAGAGAAACUGUCAAAGAUCAAGCAAUUUUCCAAUGAAGGUUUGGAGCUUCAGGCACAAAGAAAACAUGGUGGGAAAUUUGGUGGUGUAGUUGAUUCUGAUGAUGCGAAGAAAUAUGAAGCGUGUGAAUACAUUAGCGAUGUUAUAGAAAAGAUCAACCAACAAAACGAAGCUUUGGAGGGUGAAGUACAUCAAUUAACACUGCAAUUGAAGAAGAUAAAGGCCACCAAUGCUAGUUCUCUUCAAAGCUCAUUGGACGAUGUGAAAUACAAGAUUGAGCGGAACGCUACUCACUUAACACAUUUGGAAACCAUUUUAAGAGCAUUGGAGAAUGAGAAAUUGGACCCAGAUGAUAUUGAAAAGAUCAAGGAAGAUUUGGAGUAUUAUGUUGAAAACAACCAAGAAGAAGAUUAUGUUGAAUAUGAUGAUUUCUAUGAUUUAUUGGAGAUUGACGAUGGUGUUAUUGAAGUUCAAGGCUCUUUAAGUGCUUUGGCAGUGGGAGAAAAGGAUGACACUGCCCCAGCAACGUCGACUACGGCAGCUACUGCUGCUUCAGGUGCUCCAGUGGGAACUGGAACUUCGUCGUCUGUAUCAGUGGCCACAGCAGCAGCGGAUACAUCGAUUAAAACAGAAAAGCCAUCCACUAUUCCACCACCAAUAAAUUCAUAUUCAAGCGUCAUAGGAGCAGCUGCUAGUAAAGGCCUGGGCCAGAGCCAGGGCCAAGCUACCGUUUCGCUCAUGGGGGGUAUUGUAGGAGGAGCUCCUCCAGGGUUAGCUAAAACGUCUGGUAGAUCCAUUGGAGCAGCAUUAACUCCAUCCACAAGCAAGGAAGACACGGGUGUGGUCAGAAGUACGUUUGGUGUAGGUAGUGUUUCACCAACUAGAGGUGGAGCUGGUGGAGCUGGGGCUGGAGGUGAAGAAGGUGGCGUUGGUGGUGCCCUUGAAACUGGCAACCUGUUUGUUGAUACUAUACCCAAUUUGUCGGCUAUGGCACAGAACAGACUUCUUAAUCCCCUCCCAUUGCUGAGUAUUGGCAGCCUACUUGAAACAUCACUUUUGAAUUGUCCUGAUUCAUUUGACGCAGAGAAACCUCGUCAUUAUCAGCCAGUUAAUAUGCACCCAUCAUCUGUUGAUUAUCCUCAGGAACCAAUGUACGAAUUGAAUUCUGCAUCUAUGAUACACAAGUUUGAUACUGAUACAUUAUUCUUUUGUUUCUACUAUGGUGAAGGAGUUGAUAACUUGGCUAAAUGGAAUGCCAGUCGCGAAUUGGCUCGUAGAGGUUGGCUUUUCAAUCGGGAAACUAAGCAAUGGUUUUUGAGAGAUCAGGGCAAUGGGAAGAAGCGCACAAUGUCUGUUAUCCAACGAGAAGGAUCUCAACCACCUGAAGACAGUGGAGUUGAAGUAACCACAGUUGAAGAUAAAGACGUUGAUUUGGAUAAAGAACAUAAUUUCAAGUAUUUUGAUUACGAGAAAACAUGGCUAACUCGUCGCAAGGAGAACUAUAAGUUUCCUAAAGAAUACCGAGAAGUAUUUUGA